GACGGAAACAGACAGAAAUAUAAAGGUGGAAGUGAAAGUGACCGAGUGUUUGUUAGCACAGCAGCAAAGAUGGACAAGUUCAAGACGGUUCUGAACAUUGCCAGUAAACAGACCAAUCUUGGUUUCGGGCUGGUUGCCCUGCUGACAGCUGGGGGGGAGCAGAUCUUCUCCUCAGUGGUCUUCAAAUGUCCCUGCAAUCAGCUCAACUUCCUGUACGGCAUGGUGUUCCUGCUGGUACCCGCUCUGGCUCUGCUGCUGCUGGGCUACAUCCUCAGCAAGAAGACGUGGAAGCUGUUCACGGGUCUGUGCCAGCGCAGGGCCAAGCUGUGCCGUUGGAAGAGGCUGGUGGCCGCCGGGACAGUCUUAUUCCAGAUCAGCACCACCGCGCUGGUGGCGCCUUCCAGCUGGGUCGCUGUGGCUUUGCUCAACGGGAACUACUACGAGUGUGCGAUGACCGGCAUCAACGUGAGCGCGUACAGCGAGCAUGUGUGCGCAGGUAGGAGCUCCGUGGUCCAGUGUCAGGAGGAGCUGUACACGUUUCCCUGUGGGAGCAGCAAAGUUCCCCAGGCAGAGAGACAAGAUGUCGUGCUCAUCCUGAGAGCUGAGUCUCAGAUUCUGGGUUGGCUGCUCAUUGCCUCCAUUAUGCUGUCCAACCUGCUGCUGACCUGUGUGGCUCGGUGCACGUCCCCCAUCAGCUACCUGCAGCUCAAGUUCUGGAGGGCGUAUGCUCAGGAGGAGAGCAACAUGAUGGAUUUAUACACUGCUAAGCAUGCCAAAGAGCUCGCUGAGAGGAACUUGAAGAGCUUCUUCAACCAGACACUGCCUGAAAACAUCAUCACCCCGUUGAACAAGGACUGGCAGAAGAUCUCCUCCCUCUACAAGUUCAGCACCAAAGACCACUACUACAGCACCUUGCACCGGUACGUGGAGACGUUCCAGGAGAUGGAUAAUGGGAUGAUGAGGAUGGCUUCGGUUAAGUCAAGCGAGCCUGCUGAUGACAACCCUGCUGUUCUUACUUUUGUAGAUGAUGGCAGGAUGGUACUGUGAGGAGGUUUGACUGCAUGAAAGAGCAGCACCUGGGAAAGCUGCUGUGUAGGUGCUUUAUUGUUUCUUUUCUUGUGAUGCAAACCAUGGGUACUUUGCAAAUUAUGCCUCAGAGCGGUCCCCACAACAGACUCAAACACCUGCGACCUAGUAUGGAGAGAGUCUACACACGAGACUCACAAAAGAACAGUGGAGUGCUCCAAACAAACCCCAAACUCAGAUGUUUAUUUUCUUCCUUACUUGAUAAAAUGAACAAAUGUUCUAAAUAAAAGGAGAAAAAUAAGUAAGUACUUUUAUUUUAUUAAAAAUGUAUAUAGACCUUUCCAUGUGGUAAUUUUUAUAUAAACAGUGAUUGGAUUUAGAGAAUAUUGAAAUUGGCUGUAUCGUGAUAUGUAUCGUUAUCUGGAUAUAAAAUGACCUAUAUGAGAUUUGGUGAAACUACACUGAAAGAAUAAAUGCUAAAAAAAAAAAGAAAGCUGCUUUGUAUUUAACUGAACAUAGUUGACUACAGUUAGUGGCUGAUAUUGAAGAAGAAAGAAAUUGUUGAAAAUAAAAACUGAAGUGAAUCAAAA